AUGGCUUCACAUGCUGCACUUUUGAGCGCAGCGGUUAAAGCCGCGUGCCAGUCGAAGGCCCCAAGGCGAACCGUUGCGGCUGUUGCUGCAGCUGUUACGACGGCUCUCUUGCAGCCUGUCGCAGCAGCGGCUUCAAAUGCUAUGGUCCCUGAACGGCCCACUGGUGCCCUGGUGCCGACAGAUAACCAGGAAGAUCUGGAGCUGCGACUGCGUGAGGCUCGUAUUGCCAAACGUAGGGCAAAGCGACAGCGGCGGAGAGCUAAGGCUAUGGCGGCGGCCAACACCUCUGAGCCUACAGUGGACAGGGUCGCUACUGCAUUGGAGGCAGUAGCGACGUUACCAUGUGAAGAUUCUGUACUCAUGGAUACCUCUGAGCAAGGGAAACGCAAGACGGUGACCAAUGACGAUACAGAUAUGACUCGAUUGCUUAGCACUGUUCCGGGCAAGCAGCGCCCGAGAGUGGAAGUGUGUCCUCAAUUUUUGUCGGAGAUGGCCAAUCGAAGUUCAAGUACCGAUGCACAGAGCCAAUCCUCACAAGGUGCUGCUACCUUCAAUACUUGGUUGGAGGUUCGUGAGGCAAUGGGCACAACAGUGCGCAGACCGGGCCAGCCGCCUUCAUCCGGCACUGCAGGACGCAGUGGCCGGGGAAGAG